CCCACGCGGCUCUUCCCGCGGUUAACUGUCACGACGUUUCCGGUUUUCCCGCCCACCCCUCCCGUGGGACGUUACGUAGCACGUUCCGACAAUGACGUCUGACGCCGAUUCUACGGCACGCCACUUGUGACCAAGAUCAUCACAAGCGGAGGAAGACGGCUUCCCCCCCUCUGACAUUCCUAGAACAGAUGUACUAAUUCAUUUUAUUGGGAUUAUACUCUACAUUAUCUUCAUUAAGGAUGAAUGUUGAAAAAAGUCAGAAUUAUGAAUGUGAUGAAAACAUAAAAAAUGAGUUACUACAAGACAGCGCUAAAAAUAUUUUAGCAGGAAAAACUCCCAAUGAAUCUUUUUCUAACUCAAAAAUGCUUCUGAUGAAAGAACUGAAAAAUCCACUGAAAAACCCAGAAGAAAAUGGCUUAUCUAAACGGCCAUUUUCCCAAACAACUGGUCAGGAACUCAAUGAAACAACUAUAAUUGACAAUGAACCUGUCUCGAAAAGAUUAAAGCUGGUUGGUACAAAACCUGCAAAAGGGAAUGAAGUAAACCCUUCUGAAUCUACAACAUAUGAAUAUUCUAUUGAUGGGACAAAUAAACCAGUAGGAAAACUGGCUACAAACACCUCUCCAAGUAGAGGUUCAUUUUCAUCAAAUUCUUCAUGCAUUCAGCAAGAAUUUGUGCCCGAAGAUAAUACUGUACAUAUAACACCUAUGGAAAAUGUAUCUUCUCAAGAGAAUGAAACAUUACUUCCAAAAUGCAAAUCAUCUAUCUUAGAUGAUUCAACUGGCAUUACAAUGAGUACUAUUAAGAAUGUUUCAAAAUGCAAUAUCUGUAAGGAGAUUUUUUCUUCUGCUCUUGAUUUAGAAAACCAUAUUCAGGAACAUCACCUUAAGCAAUCAAAAGAAAAAGGGAAUUUGUAUUCUACUUCUAAAUCAGAGCAUACUUCAUCUUUGCAAGCGCAUGUCAAGCAGACUUCUGGUCAACUUACCUAUUUUUGUGAUCUCUGUGGUUAUCAGACUUUUAAGGAAGUUCUCCUAGAAGCUCAUUUUCUUGGUAAGACACACCUCCGACGACAAAAUCUGGCUGCCCGUGGUGGAUUUGUAAAGAUGUUAACAAAAAAAUCAUUUUAUAAAAAACAGCGGUUUCCAAUCAAAGAAAAGAAUGUCAGAAAGAAAUUGGCAUCUAAUAAACAAAAAAUAAGAGAUGAGCUUUCAGAUCCUUUAAGAAUUUCAAGCAAUAAGAUAGAGAACCUGAAAGAAAACUGUCAAGAUUUAGCUGAAAUGAUACCAUCCACUGAAUCAACAGAAUGUAUUACUAAGGAAGAGGCCUUAUUGUGGAAGGUGGAUGGAAAUGGUGAAAAAUCAGAUGUAUCAGAGUCUUCAGAAUGCAAUCCAUGUUUAUUGAAACCUGCUAAAAGUAGUCAGGUCACAGCUAACAACUUAAAGGUCACGGGCAUAUUAGGUAGUUUCCAGAAAAAAAGAAUCCUAUCCCGAGGAAUGACUUUCAGGCAAAGUACUUUUUUCAGACUAAAUCAGCAGAUUAAAAGAAGAUACAAUCUUUUAGGUAUUGGUAAAAAAAGCAAGCUUGAUUUUAGAGUGAAGCAUAGCAAUCAGGGAGAGUUGCAUCAGAGUGAUUUAUCACAGGCCAAAGUUUUACAAAGUGAAGGCAAUGGCAAGGAUUUCUGCGUGGAUAUCCCCAAAACAGCAGCACUACAUCAAGUUGAAAAAACUAUACUGGAACAUAAGACUACAUCAGAAAAGGAACUCGAUGAGCAGAGAACACUAGAUCCUGGUAACCGUGUUGGAUCUACCUUGUCAAAUAAAGAAGACCUGAAAUUGGAUGCUGAUAAAACGCAGGGUGAAUUUAAAGUCCAUUGUCAAAUAUAUGGAUAUUCCUCUGACAGCAAGGACCUGGAAUGUCAUCAAAAUAAUAAUCAUAUAGAAAAUAGCAAGAUAAAUUGCCCUAAAUGUUUGUUUCUUGCCCCAAAUGAAAUAAGCCUUGGGAAACACAUGUCCGAUGAGCAUAGCAUGGCUUUCUCUUGUUCUGCUUGUUGCGAAUAUUUUCUAACCGAAGAAGAAGUAGCAGCUCAUAAUGCAACUGAGCAUCAUAGUGAUUUAUUGUCUCAAGAAAAUUCCAUUCGGUCACUUAGGAGUGAUCUGGCUGUGCAUUCAACAUCUUGCCCUUCAGGUGAACUUCCCAAGGUUGUAGAAUCGAAAGCACAACAGGAAGAUGUCAAGCUCUCAGUAUUACAACCUGGUAGUCAGUUCAAAGAGUCUGCUUUGAGCAGAAGUCAAUUUCAGUGUAAAAAAUGUUUUUAUAAAACAAGGUCUUCUUCUGUGCUUACAAGGCACAUAAAACUUCGCCAUGCUCAGGAAUACCAUUUCCUUUGUAAAGCGUGUAACCUUUAUUCAUUAAGCAAAGAAGGAAUGGAAAAACACAUAAAGCGAAGCAAACACCUUGAAAAUGCCAGAAAAAACAACAUUGGCUUACAAUUUGAGGAAUGUAUUGAAAAGAUAUGUGUAGGUGGAAUAGAUGGUAAAAAAGGAACUGAAGGCCCUAUUUGUGGAAGUUUAAAGACAGUGUUAGAAAAUGAGAGUAUACAUGCACCUUUCUCUUCUCUGCAGAAGGUAUCGAUAAAUAAAGAGUUGUACCCAUCAAAUGAAAUGAUUAAAGAUAAUGAGUUGAUUCUUGGCAGCCUGCAAAAGAAAGGUAGGCCUAAAGGGACGAUUUCCCGGACAUGUCCUCAUUGUGGUCUAUUGGCGUCUAGUGUAACAAAUUUGACUGUUCACAUUCGCCGAAAGCAUAGCCACCAGUACAGCUAUUUAUGCAAAGUAUGCAAUUACUAUACUGUAACUAAAGGUGAUAUGGAACGUCAUUGUGCUACAAAGAAGCAUAAAAGCCGCUUGGAAGCCAUUGGGGAGAAAAGUGUUGAGUUUAUUGUUUGCCCAGAAAAUGAUAAUAUCGAAGCCAAAGUGAAGAAAACAGACAAUCCAGGAAACCUUUCAAAAGAAUUAAUAGUUUCUAAUGAUCAGGUUUCAGAGACGGACCAACCUAUUUUGGAAAACAAGGUAGAUGAACAGAACAAUAUCAUCCAAUUAAGUGUCAAAAAUAUAAUUCACCUUCCCAAAAUAGAUAGCGGUAGAAACUUUUCUGAAACACAACGUAAAAUUGCAGAAUCAAGUAACGUUAGCCAGGAUAAAAAUGUGCAGGUUCAAACAAGACUAGCAACUGCAAAUGAUAACAAAUGUGCUCAUUGUAACUUCAUUGCACAUUCUUUUUCUUCCUUGGAAGUACAUAUAAAACGCAAGCACACUAAAGAAUUUGAAUAUUACUGCAUGGCCUGUGACUAUUAUGCAGUUACUCGCCGAGAGAUGAUUAGGCAUGCUGCAACAGAAAAGCAUAAAAUUAAAAGACAGUCAUAUAUUGCUUCUUCUGGAGAGGAGGCAGAUAUAGCAAGUAUUGCCAAAGAAACUGCUGUUGUUUUUGGAGAGGAGCAACAAAAUACAGAAGAUCUUCAGAUUUCACUAGAUGAAACAAAGUCCAAAAGUAAUAUAGAAGAGGAAAGUCCAAACAAUGAGGUCAUGCAAAAAGCAAAUAAGUCACCUACCUAUUUGGCAUUAGAAGAUAGUAUUGCUUCAGAGGUUUCUAAAGAUUGCAUUCUUGAGGCUGUAGAUGCUGAAAUGGAAGAUGGAACAGAUCAAGGCAGAGAAAAUACAAGUCGUGAAGAAAAUGAUCAGGAUGGAGGUCUUAAACUCAAUGAGAUGGUUGAACUUAAGGAAACAAUUGAUUGUGUUCUGCAUCAACAUCAAGAAAUAGCAAAAUCAAACAUUCAUUUGACAACAGAACCUGGAGAUGAAAACAUGGCUUUUGAUGAAAGUUCUCCAAAUUCAGAUUUAAUGAAAAAUGAAAAUAAAUUGCAGGAAGAUUCUGAAAAAAGAUACGAAAGUUCAGAAGUAGUUACUGAAGAAGUGAAAACAGAUGAAACCCAUUUAUCUAUAGUUUCAGACACUGGUAGUGCACUGGAGCAGGAAAACAUCAGUGAAAGCACUGAAAGUUUUAAAAACAUCCACAUUUUACAGCAACAAAUAAACACUAGGCAAUGUCCUACAGCGGAAGAAGAGGUUACCUUGAUAGAUGCACAGCAGGAAGCAGAAGUGUCUUUGAAUAAUAUUUGGGGUUCAGAUAGUUCAGUAGCUGAAGCCAUGGACAAAAAUGAUAUAGCUUUGGAUGCUUUAAACGGUGUUGAUGGCAAAAUAGUAGAUGGAACAGGCGUGCAAAACUCUGAUCAGUUUGAUUCUUCAAUAGUGAAAAUAAGCCAUGAAGACGGUUCGGAACAAGUCGAUCGCCCAGUUGAUGGCCAGAACCUGAGUAAGCAAAAAAGUUGGGACAGAGCUGUAAAAGUGGAUUGCCCACGGAAUGAUGGAAAAAAGAAGAAGGUAGAAGGCCAUCCUGUGAGAGAAUCUCCACGGAUUUGUUGUGAUGACUGUGGUUUUUUAGCAGAUGGUUUAAGUGGACUAAAUGUUCACAUAGCCAUGAAGCAUCCAUCAAAGGAGAAGCAUUUCCAUUGCUUGCUAUGUGGAAAAUCAUUCUACACCGAGAGCAGCCUUCAUCAGCAUCUUGCUAGUGCUGGCCAUAUGAGAAACGAACAAGCAAGUGUUGAAGAGUUGCCGGAGGGAGGUGCCACCUUUAAAUGUGUGAAAUGCACAGAACCUUUUGAUUCUGAACAAAAUUUAUUCCUUCACAUAAAAGAACAACAUGAAGAACUGCUCCGGGAAGUCAAUAAGUAUAUUGUUGAAGAUACUGAACAAAUUGUCCGAGAGCGAGAAGAAAAUAAAGGCAAUAUUUGCAAAUAUUGUGGGAAGAUAUGCAGAAGUAGUAAUUCAAUGGCUUUCCUAGCUCAUAUCCGUACUCAUACAGGAUCAAAGCCAUUCAAGUGCAAGAUUUGCCACUUUGCAACAGCUCAACUAGGAGAUGCCAGAAACCAUGUCAAGAGGCACCUUGGGAUGAGGGAAUACAAGUGUCAUAUCUGUGGGGUGGCCUUUGUAAUGAAGAAACAUUUAAACACCCACUUACUAGGAAAACAUGGAGUAGGUACACCAAAAGAAAGGAAAUUUACCUGCCCCUUGUGCAAUCGAAGUUUCACAGAGAAGUGGGCCAUGAACAAUCAUAUGAAACUUCACACAGGAGAGAAGCCCUAUAAAUGCACAUGGCCGACUUGCCAUUAUUCCUUUCUCACCGCAUCAGCCAUGAAAGAUCACUAUCGGACACAUACAGGCGAGAAGUCAUUCCUGUGUGACCUUUGUGGCUUUGCUGGUGGGACACGUCAUGCCCUCACCAAACAUCGGAGGCAGCAUACAGGAGAGAAGCCAUUUAAAUGUGAUGAAUGUAACUUUGCCUCCACAACCCAGUCCCAUCUGACACGACACAAACGUGUACAUACUGGGGAAAAACCCUACAGAUGUCCUUGGUGUGACUACAGGUCCAACUGUGCUGAAAAUAUCCGCAAGCAUAUCCUGCACACAGAUAAACAUGAAGGCGUAAAGAUGUACAACUGCCCCAAAUGUGAAUAUGGAACCAACAUCCCAGUGGAAUUUCGCAAUCACUUGAAAGAACUACAUCCUGACAUUGAGAACCCCGACUUAGCUUACCUGCAUGCUGGUAUAGUUUCUAAGUCUUAUGAAUGUCGACUGAAAGGUCAAGGAGCUACAUUUGUUGAAACCACCAGCCCUUUUGCUUCAUCAGCUCUGGAUGAAAUUUCUCCAGUCAGCGAUAAGAUGCUUCAUGGUAUGAGGAGGCAUCCACAAGCCAGUGAACAAGUGCAACAGGUGAUCAUUAUUCAGGGAUAUGACAGUGAUUUCACAAUCGAUGCCUCAGUGGAAGAAACAGCAGCAGCUACCCUUCAGACUUUGGCAAUGGCUGGCCAAGUGGCAAGGGUGGUACAUAUAACUGAAGACGGACAGCUGAUAGCUACAAAUCAAAAUGGCUCCCAUGUAAGCAGCAUACUUCCAGAACAAAUACUUAACGAACAAUUGUCCGAUGGGAAAACACGACUUCUUGUCGUUGAAGGCUCUGUAGGAGAAACUGCUCUUGAAGAUGCUGUUUCCAUAGGGAUGGCUUCAGCCCCAAAUAAUGCAGUGGUGCAACAGAUAAUGAGACAAGAGUCUCUGGAUACAUCAAGGGCACACCCACCUGAGUCUGCCUCAGCAUUAGAUGCUUUGCUUUGUGCUGUAACAGAACUUGGUGAGGUGGAGAACAAAGUAGAACUUUUGGAUAGAGCACAGCUUUGUCACAAAGAAGCAUUGCAAAUGUCAAAUCCAGAAGCAGAUGACAUAACACAGGAAACACAAAUGUUCCAUGGUGUUCAGGAAAUUGAAGAAGAACAGUCCAUGGAGGUAGUAACACAAGUUGUGCAUCCGUCCACCAUAAUUUCAUCUCAGGAAAAUGCUCAGGUUGCCUUCAAGAAAAUGGUUGAAGGAGUCCUCCAGUUCGCUGUGUGCGAUACAGCUGCAGCUGAUCAGCUGAUGAAAGAAGGUGUCACUCAGGUUAUUUUGAAUGAGGAAGGAACCGUGCAUAUGGUAUCUAGAGAAGGAUCUCAAAUAAUAAUGCAAGAGGCUGACAGCCAUACCCUGAGCAUCCAAAGUCAACACAUGGAUUUGGUUGAAGCAGAUGGAGAAAUUUCACAGAUCAUUGUCACAGAGGAGAUUGCUCAAGCGAUGGUUCAGGAGUCUAACAAUAACUUUGCCAAUGGUGCAACUCAUUACAUAGUAACACAAUUACCCCAGGAAAUUGAGAAUGACUCUAGAGUAUAUUCACAUACUGUGAUAGAGAAAGAGGAAACUCAAGAACUUUUGCAGGCUGGUACAGUUAUAAAUUCUAAUCAAAAUUCUUGUGAUGGAAGUGUUGAACAACUAAGUAGCAUGCUCAUUUACACAGAAGAUGGUUCACAAACAGCUAUUAUCCAGGGCCAAAGAGAUAACAGUGAACUAUAAAAGAUACGAAAAUACUCUGCCUAUUCAGUUCAAAAAAGAAAGAAGGAAUUAAACAUCAGCUAUAUUAUGUUUUAUUGUUAACUUAUAAAGCAUUUGUAAAUGCAUUUAUAUGGUAUUAGCAUCACCAUCCUGGGAAUAUUUCAUACAAAAGGGAAUUCUCCUUGUUUUUGCAUGAGCACUGAUCAGACUGUCACCAGUUAUAGACACUGAAAAAUUUACCAAAUAAAAUCAGAACAUACACAGAUGCAACUACCGAGAUAGAUAGUUUGGUUUAUUUUGCUUAUCACCUCUUCAUUAUUUUUUGACAUCUGAUAGUUUUUAAUCUUUCUUCUGAUUAAUUAUGUAAUUUGACUUAUCUGACUUUCUGUAGGGAGAGCAAAUUAAAUAUGCAGGUACUCAUAUCACCCAAUUGACAUAGACAUCAACAUUGUAUAGAUUAAGGCAUUCUAUGUAUGCAAUAAUUUUACAUUCCAAACCUGUUUAAAUACGCCCCAGUUAUUUCUACUCAAAAUGCAGGAUUCACAAUGAAAUAAAUUUAUGGUGUGGUUCAAAAUGCCUGAUAACAUGAGAUAUCAUGAGAUAUCUCUGCAAUCAACCCUUGGGGACGUAUUAGCAAAAAAAAAAAAAAAACCUCGCUAAUGCCUGUUAUGUAAUCAUUGCUGGGAUUUCUUCUUUUUAAAAGAAAAAAUAGUAUCAUUCGAAUAUAUACCAUUUUGCAGUUUGUUUUAUGAAUAGGCUUUGCAAAUAUUUGAUGACCCUUUUCCAUUUUAAAUUCUGCCAGUAAUCUUAAGUGGAAAAAGUUGACUUUGAUCUAUUUCUUGUUGGAUCAGAAUGUUGAUUUAGUUGUGGAUAAGUUCUGAUUGUUUAAAGUAAGUUCCUGCU